AGUCGCGGGUGCAUUUGUCAUUUGUCAGGUGUAACCUUUUGUAACUUUGGUGAAACGCUCAACUAGUGUUGACAAUGACAAUGAUAUCAAUUUAGUUUGUUCACAUGCAACUGGAUUAGCAAUAUUAUCCUUUCAAUAUAGUAACGAUCCCGCUAAAUGAAGAAAAAUUUGGUGACCUUUCCCCUCUGUUUAAGUUAGCGAAUGCAAACACAGUUUCAGUGAGCUUGCUGCCGAUUUGACUGUUGUUGUCCAUUGUCACUGUGAUGCCCAAGUCAAGGGCGAGUGUGCCAUCUGCAAGCAAUGAUGGAAUAUGGUUCCGAACCAGAGGAUGGUCAGACCCGCCCAUGAUGCGAGAAACAGUGACCAGCACAGGAAGCAUGCUGAGCACCUCACUCAGAGACCAGCAGCCAGAGAGACCUAAGCCUCCACCAGAACCUUUCGAUACUAGAAUGGAGUUAUCCUAUACCGUGGAAAAUCCCUUCUCCAUGCACGACAACAGAAAUUCAUUUCAGGAUCAUGGAGUGUAUUUUGGCCAUGGUCUUGGAAAACGCUUCUUUCACGGUGAUGAGAGGCAACACGGUUCCAAAGACUUCUACACCUGGGACUUACCCGGGCAGGACUUGCACUCCACCAACUACCGUGAUGCCUUCAUGGGCAGGCCCUGCAGGCAACCACCAACGAGGCGUCGUUUCCCCCGCAAGCACCCCGAGCCCAGGGAGGGACAGCAGAAGCUGGACACGACAACAAGCGAUUGGUUCCAGCCGCCAGACGUGCCAUACAAGACAGAAACACAGACUCUGGUGUCUAGCAAGGAGCCUCAUCUUAAACCCAACCCCUGGAAGUACUCCUACAAGGCAUAUUAAUCAAGAGUUGUGGUCAAGUCCUCACAAGACUUUAUCAGUCCUGACAGGUCCUCGCAAGUAUUUAUCAGUCCUCACAAGUCCUCAUAAGUCCUCACAAGUCCUCACAAGUUCUCACAAGUCCUCACAAGUCUUUACCAGUCCUCACAAGUCUUUACCAGUCCUCACAAGUCUCCACAAGCCUUUAUCAGUCCUCACAAGCUCACAAAAGUUCUCACGAGUCUUUAUCAGACCUCACAAGCCUUCACAAGUCCUCUCAAGUCUGUACCAGUCCUCACAAGUCCUAACAAGUAUUUACAAGUCUCCACAAGUCCUCAGAAAUCCUCACAAGUUCUUACAAGUCCUCACAAGUCUUCACAGGUCCUCACAGUACAGACGAAGGUCAUUAAGUCUCAAGUCUGCGAAAUGCAAAUUCCUUUGUGAUUGUUAAUCGACUAUACUUGUGACCUACCUAAUAAUUUGACAUGUGAUUUUACUUGUAACUUGACUUGUGACGGACUCAACUGAAACUGUGCUAAUAAUCCUGCAAAUUCCGGAAUAUACCUUGGAUAUUCCAAGCAGUUUGGAUGAGCGCAGGUUAAAUCUCUUCCAAGAUGGUCACAAAGGGCAUUUUUGGUCCUCCGCUAAUGUGAGCUUUGGACUGCGAUUUGUUUACAUUGUGUACAUUUUAUAAAUUGUAAACCUAUGCAACUUUUAUGGAGCAGGACGUCGUCAAGUGUGGCAUUGUUUUAUCAAGUGUGACCAUGUGAAGGAAACACUUCUACAGUUUUACUGUUUGGUUAUCUGAACAAUUGUGAGAUCUAUUAAGUGUGCUUUGUUUAGAUUGCUUUUUGCGAUUGACUUUUUAUUAAGGCUGUCCUAUUGUUUUUUUCCCAUCCUUUGACUAACAGGGUCCUUAAUUGUAAUGAAUGAAAGAUAUAGCUCUCUAUCACCUUUAAUUCAAGACUGUGUGUAAAUUUUCAAUAAUUUUAAGUUCAAAGUGUGAUUUCAGUUAUCAGACAUAAUUAUCAAGUUUAGUGUUGGCAGUAUGCUUUACCCUUUGUGUCUUUAUGAAUGGCUUCGGACCAACUACAUGCAGUAAAAAAAAAAGGUGUGACUCAUUCAGGCCUUUUUAAUUAAUCUUUACAGAAAAAAACGUACUUUUUUUUUCCAAAAAAUUCUACCUCUUGAAAUUUGUUACUUUUACAUAAACACAAACUUGCCAGUUGAAUAUAAUUGUAAUCAGCAUAAUAAAACAAAAGAUUGUGCAGUGAAUAGGCCUACAGUAUGUUACUGUGCACAAAGAUGUCCCUUCGUUUUCACAGGGUAAAUACCAGAAAGCUACUUAGUUUCCGAGAUGUGUGCUUUUUUUGUGGAAAUUACGUAAAGGCUGAACAAUUUUCAAAUGAUUUUUAAAAGUAGAACAAAGAAAUUGAACAGAGAUUUCAGAUGAUUCAAUUGCUUCCAUUUCAAUUUCACACCUUCCAUUCUUCCAGCAUUAUUUGUACCACAAUUUUACUUAUUUUUAUUGCCAUUUCUUAAUUGUAAAUAUAUUGCUUAUGUACAUACAUUACAACGUCAAUUUUUAAUGAGUAUGGUAAUUAUUAAAAGGCUGAAUUGAUGAAACGGU